AUUUUAGACAUUCUUUCCCAAUGUUGGUCUUUGUUGUGUCUGUUGUUUUAUGCUUUCCAUGUAAGGUGAUGCUCUGUUGUUAUUUUAUUUUAUUGCGUUUUGAAAAAAAGGCCUUGAAACAAAAUUGAAUGAAGAAAAACACAGUUAUACAUGUUUAAUUGGAAUUCAGCAAUAGCAAAAAGAUAGUUGGUUUAAGUUAUGAUAACUCAGGUUUUCAUUGUUAUUGCAUAUUUUUAAGGAAAAGAAAGGAAUGUAAUUCAUUAUAUUUUGUGUUGGCAAGUAUAUUCGCACACAGAGUUCUCACUGAAGUCAAUGGAGCCCUGAAAAGAUUAAGUAAUUUCCUGACACAUAACAUUGCAGUUUGAGUCGUAAUGUGUCACCUUUGCUGUAGAGAGUUUUUUGGUGAUUUGUGCUUUUUUAAAGAUACUGAUUAUUUCUACAUUUUUUUAGAGUGAAUCCCAGUUUUUUCUUAUAGACAUGAUAUAUUCAUUUGGCCAUUUUAAAGUCAUCUAAUCUAAGAUAUUUAUCUUUCAAAAUACUGUUUGAAUAUAACACUAUAAUAAACUAAAUAAAAUAAACUGCUAGUUUAAUUUUUAAAAAGCAUUUUUUCCUUAUUGUUACUGUUGAAAAUGUUACUUCAAGUGGGAUAAAAAACUUUUCUUGUGUAUAUUGGUACUCCUUCUUUGCUUUGGAUGUCGUUUAAAUAUGCAGUGAUCUGUCCAGAAAGCUCCCAUUACAAAAUGUUCUUAAAACUCUUAAUGAGAUAAAAUACUUGAUGGAUGCUAAAUUGACAGAUGGUCCUUUAACUGGCUCUGAAGCUGUGCUUUUACAGAUGUGUUGAGUACCAGACAGUUUGUGUGGUUAGUACAAGCAUCCUAGAUUUGAAUACAGUUACAUAGAGCAGGGUUCUGUGGCAGGCAUAUCAAUAGAGUUAGGCAGAACUUCAUUGACUUCAUUUGGAUCACUGUGGAAUUUAGCCUCAGACUGGUGCUGCACCUUUUACCUCUUUAAAAUGGAAUCAUUCUAGCUGAUGGAGUGAACCUGACUUUUAAUUUGGUUGCUGUUUUGCCAUGAACAGCAACAUGUAGAGUAGUUGAACUGUAAACUGCAACAGAUCAAGAAGUACCUCUUCUUAAUGUUUCUAUCUGCAAGAGUCAGGUUUUGGUUCAAAAAAACUACUAUUGACUUCUUGCAAUUUGUUAACAAUGGUUCCAGAGUACCAUUUUUCGGCAUGUUUCUUGCAUCAUGAUCUAGAUAGUGUUCUGCACUAUCUAGAUAUAGAUGUGUAUCUAUAGAUACGGUAGAGUGCUGCUAUAAUAUUCAUCUGGGACGUUAUUAACAAACUGACAAGUCUCCAAAAUUUCACAAACUAUAAAAGUAGUUUCACUAAAGUUCAUAUUGACCUGCAGUGUGCUGCUUAUUCUUGUAGCUUUCUUAGGCAGGCCAUACAGCACAUAUAUUUGUCAUUGUAAAGCCUAGGUUUUUAGUUCCUUUUGUGUCUUGUUUUGGGGGCUCUUUGUUUUCAUAGUUUUAACUUGUUCUUAAAUUACAAAUAGAAUAUUCCUGUAUACAGAAAUAAUACUGCUGUAUGCACUGGAAGCUCUGUAGAGGCUUAGGGGACCAGAGUCUCCAAUUGCCCCUAAAUAAACAGUCUGAAGAUUAUUCAGAAUCUUAGUUUUAUAUUUCAUCGAUGAGAUCUUAACAGUGGUUCAGUACUGCCAGAGAGGGAAGAUGGCUGCCUAAUGAGUGAACAACACUUCCUGGUGUUUUUCUUGUGAUGAGAUCACUGCCUGACAUGAUAUGGCAACAGGCAGGUAAAGCUCUAUUUUCCUGUGUCUUUUGUGGUAGACAGUGAAUGAAAGGAGAAUAAACCAAAAUUCUAACAAAUCUUUUUAAAAAUCUACUCAUAACUGGCUGAUCAGGCAUUACUGAGAAAACAUUGUCACAGUUCAGAGUCAUUCUGGACUCCACAGAAAUGUAUGCAUAGUUAGGUGAACAAGUGAUGAAGUUUUGAGGUCCCUUUUUUUUAAUGUCAAAAUACUGUUUAUAUUAGAAUCAGUUAUUUAUAAAAAGAUGUGAAUUUAAACAAAUUUAACUUUCUGAUGAACUUAGUGUGUGGAAUAAGUAUGGCUUUGGAGACUGUGCCACAAGGGUUUUUUACUAUGUAUCAUAUGAUGCAUUGUUAAUGGAGUCAGUGGAGUGGACCAUGGGUUUUAAAAGUAGUGAUGGCUUUUUAUCCUACCAGGAGGUAAAAUUAUACCGCUGGCCAACAAUGCCAGUAAUAAAGCAUUUAAUGUGUGAAGUUAAACACAGAGGAGAGGUAAAAUGGAAAUCUGAAAGCCUGGUUCAAAAAAAAAAAAAAAAAUCUGAAAUUUGGAGUGUAUUUAACAGUGGUAAAUCAAGGAGGAAGUCGCUACAGAAUGGUAUCAAUGAAAAGUAUGUAACAUUUGAUGAACAAUUGAACAAAAGUGUAAUUGUAAAUGAAGUAAGAGUAUUAAUCUGUGAAAAUAUGACUUUUUGUAUGUGUGUAUUGGUAGGUUUUUCUUUAAAUAUACUUUGAAAAUGCAAAGGUUGAAAGCUAAACAAAGAUGCCACCCUAAUCUUUCUAAAUUUUAUGUCCACAUUAUCUGGUAGAUGGAUUUUGACUAUUAAUUUGGUUUUGUAUGUUUUCUCUGUGUGAUAUUUGUGCAUUAUUAGAUGACUAGACUGGCCAAGGCAGACCUGUUACACUUGCCUGAGUUAGGCAUUGUUUGCCAUGCCACUAAACCUGCCGCCAAGUGAAACCUUCAUGGGGGAAAUGAGAUCGAAGUCUGACCUGCUGAAGAUGGACGCCCUGUCUCUGUUUUUAUUUUAUUUUGCUUUCUUUCCUUUGUUUCUUUUAUUUUUAUUUUAUUUUGUCCCUUUUUUGUUUUGUUCUGUUAAAUCUCUUUCCCUUGUACUUGUGAACUGGUACUUCAGUUCUGUAAAAUGAUGUCUGUAAAGGGUUCACAGUGUUUGAUUUUGAAGUUGACCUGGAGCUGCUUAUGAAUGGUGGAUGGUAUACAGAGAAUUUAGAAUAUGAUUAGUUUUUAAUGCUCUGAAUUAAGGAUAAAUUUGAUUUGGAAUUCUUUUAAGUAUCUAAAUUCAACAGAUGAGUACAUUGUGUCAAAAGACAGGAGAAGUGAAAAAUUUAUCAGUUCCAAGAUAUAUUAUUCCAUAUGUUGCACUUUUUAAGUUUGUAUUGUAAAAGGACAGUUGAAACUAUUACUUCUGGAGAAGGCAACUUUAGAAAGUAAAGCCAUAAUAUUUCUCUGCUAUUUUUCCUCAGCAGAGUGUUUUAUGUUUCACCAGCUAUUUAAAAGAAGGCUUACUAUUUAUGUCCAACAUGAUGAUAUAAAAUAAUUAUUUCUGAAAUUUCACUUUGAUGAAUAUUGAAUGUCAUGAAAUAUUUGUUUGCUUCUGAUGAAACCUUGCUCCAAUGAGGUCAGUGGUAGUAAGAUUUCAUCCUUCUUUUUUCCUAUAACUUUCAGAAAAAACUAUUUACCACUCAUAAGUACAAUUGCAGCCUGAAGUUUUGGUUGGAGUGUGUUAUGUGAGACAUACUGUCUUUUAACACUGUUACUUGUGGAAGAUUGAAUCAAUUCUCUUUGUGUGUGUGUGUGUGUGUGUGUUGCACUUUGACAUGCUCUAGUGGUGAUUAUUUCAGGAAGAGGUUUAAAAAAACACUGAAGUCAGAAAAAAAGUGUUUUUCCAGUCAUCUCAGAGUCUGAGAAGCCCUGGCAGUUCAUGCUGGAGUGAUUGAGAUGGUUCUCAUCCCUAAAGGAUGUUUUUACUUCUCGUGAAACAGAAGCCCUGAAACAGAAGUGGUGGUGGACAAAGUGGUGUGUCUAGUCCUCAGGCAUUGCUUUUCCCAGCCAACUGCACUGGGAUCUCUUGGUUUCACUCCUUUCACCACACUCUGCACUGCAGCUGGGAAGAGCUUUGAUUUGUGAUGUUUGUUGGAUUUGGCUGUGACAGUUGUAAUUGCCAGUAGCUGUAAUCUCUUUAUUCCCUUCUGCUAGAUCCAGAAUCCAAACUAAGAUUCAUGAGUUGGAUCUCAUAGAAAUCAUUUUAUUUCUAAGUGUACAUGUUCCAUUGGUGUAAAGUAGCAGGAAAAUAAUUAACUUUUUUAAUGUUUAAAGUAGAUUGUCAUCUCUUCAGCAUUUUUAAAACAAGCAAACUCAUUGCAGAAGCAAUUUUGAAUGUGAGGAUUAACUCUACAGGUUCACCACAAAGAGCUGGAAAUUAAUUUCUCUUGAGCACUUGAGGACUAAAAAUACUGUGAUUAGUACUUGUUUGAUGCAGAUGAUUAUGUUUAGUCUUCAGCAUAAUGGGUACUAGUAUGGACUAGGUUGUCUAGGGCUCUUUAGACUGAUGGUACAGAAGAGUAGCAAUCACAACUAUGUCUUUAGGCAAUACUGGGGCUAUGUACAUUUCCUCCCAGAUUCUUUUGCAAGGCGAAGAAUCAAUAAAAAAAUGAUCAUAGAACCUGUAGCUUACUAAGCAGAAGAGCUUAUAAGAAAUCUGUCUAAGGAUGUGGUGUAGAUACAGCAUAUUUGACUGCUUCCCUCAUUAGAAAAUAAAUAUCUUCACCUCAUUCUUAUUCAGAUUUUAAAUACCAUGUUCUAAAAAUGAAAGUAUUAUUCUUAAACUAUAUUGUCGUAAAUGGUUGCAUUAUAAUGUGCAACAUUUUAAGUGUAUUUAGUGGGCUUGUAUUUCCUUUACAAAUACAAUCAUAGAGGUAAAACUGCAAAAUUUAAAGCUUUUAACUCAUGUGGUUAUUUGGAUUCACAUAUUAAUUUGUUUUUCAAAGCUAUUUAAAGAAUAUGAAGGUAGAUAUUCUAGAUAAUGAAUUUUUUUUCCUUCUUCUUCACAAAGCGUUUUGUAGAAUUUAUUAAAAUUCGCCCUGGUCAUAAAAACUGGAAAAGUUACUCGGAAGAGACAGUGUCUUAGAAUAUACAGGCAAAUUUUCAGGGUUCUGUCUGUAGAAAUAGACCCUUUCUCAUUCUUGAAAACAAAAUAAAUUAAUCUUUCUUUGUGGUAUAGAACUGACCAGCUUGAUUUUGUAUUUAAAAUAGAACUUAACAUUGUUGAAAGACCAAAGUAUUCUGGAAAUAAUGCUGCAAACUUUACAAUUUACAUAUGCAUGCUGUUCAUUCUGUGAGCUGCUAUAGUGGUGAACUUACCUGAAAUGUUCAGUGGAUUUAUUAGACAAUGUUUCAGCAAGUUAAUGAUUACAGUUUUCUCAGUGCUAUGGUCCAUAUACUAAAAGUUUAGGCUUCUACUGAAGUCACUUUAUGAACUUGAGUCAUUGUCUUAGUUAUAUGUGCCUAACUGAGCUCCUGUUUAAAAGGGCUAAAUGCCUAAGCAUUUUGUAAGUUUACCUGGUUAAGUGUGUAUUGAAUUGGCUGUAUGUAAGUGCAUACUUAAAUUAGGCAUAUACUUAUGUACAGUAGUGACCAAGGAUCUCAGUUAGCAUGCAGGCACACCACUACAAGAGCCAUUUCUGCCAUUGGAUUUAAUUGUGCCAUGUCUCUUGAUCCAUAGAAACCUGCACGAGUAGCUGUUUAAUUGCAAGAUGCUCACUGUUCAGGAUAAGUUCUGGUUCAUUAGUAGUUUGAAAAAACUUUUAAUACUUUGAUAUUCAGAAGAACUGAUACAUAAUUCUAUGCCUAAUUUGCAUGCACAUCUGCUGGAACUGUAUAUUCAAAAGCCUGUUAAUAGGCCUAAAUAUUAGGCAGGGUGCACAAAGUGCCUGAUACUUUCGAGCAGUCAGGCAAAUUAGGUACACCUCUCAUUGCAUGCCCGACUUCAAGACGAGAUCUGUUAAGAGUGCUGAACAUUGUGAUGGUGGCUUAAAUUCAUGCAUGUUUUUUAAAAAAGCCCUGGAAGUCAUUAUUGCACAUUUUACUACUAAGUGCUAAUAAUUUUCCGAUUUUUCUCCCUUAGAUAGCAAAAUCAAAUGAUUUUUUACAUGUUAAGGAGCAAGGUGUCUCAAAUAUUAACAUAAAUAAAAAUAAAUGUAAAUAGGAAGCAUGGAAAAAAAUGGGUACUGUUACUUUAUCUUUUCUGUUCCAUUCAUGCUACAUAUAAAUUAAGUUUCAUUUAGAUUUGUUUUGUCAUUCGGUCAUAUCCAGCUGUAACCCAGACUUUCCUGCAGAUCUGUAGAGCAGGUUUGCAGCACUUGUUUCUUGUCAUUUUUUAAAGUAGUAUGUUUUCUGUGGUGUCAGUUAGAAUUCAUAUCACUAAACCUGCAUGGUGUUUUGAAACCUAUUUCAAAUUUUCCUUUUUGAUAAGAAUAUAUAUCAGUCUUCAGAUUUUGGAUUUAGAUGUUUUGUAGUUAAAAUGUGCAGUUUGAAUCAAAUCAGAAAACCACUGGCACAGCUUUUUAUAUCUUACUUGACUAUUAAAGCAAGGUUUAAAUAAGAACAUUUACUUUAUUAAUAUCCAUGAAGUAAUACCAAAGGACUCGACCAAAGUUGGUUAGCCUGAUCAAUUAUGAUUUUCUUCAAUCUCAGUAAAUUUAGAGUUAACUUACCAGUUUCAGAUAAACUGAAGUGACUAGAAUGUGAGAGUACAAAUCUAAGUUUUUUCUACUCUUCCUUCCUCUACCUUCAACUUCACUUGUAGUAUGUAUUCUGUGCAGUCACAGUAGUUCAGUAGUUUAUUAUUUUAUGUUUUAUUUAUUUUUACAUUCUAAUUAGGUAGCACCAGAGGAAUAAAGAAAAGCACGAAUUUCAAUCAGCACAUACUUUGGGGUUUUUUUCUUUCUUUUUUCUUUGUUUUAUUUUCUUUUUUUUUCUCUUUUCUUUGUUUUUUUAUUUCUCUUUUUUUUUUCUUUUGUUUUUUUUUCUUUCUUUUACUGAUUUGGUUAUUUGCCAUUUCUGGGGAUUAAACUUUAAAAAAUGUUCUUCUUUUCUGUAUCUGAUGUUCUGUGUGCUAUUAGUGAUGCAGCCAACACGAACGGUUGUCAUGUGUAAAACAACUUUCGAUCACCGCGAAAACACCGCCCUGGGAAAGCGUCCAUGCUUGAUAUCGUUUGGUUCAUGAACGUUAAGUUUCCAGUACAGGUAAAAUCCCAGAUGAAGCCAAAGCCCUCUCUCUAUUGGCGCCUGCUCCUACUAUGACAAGUCUGAUGCCUGGUGCAGGAUUGCUUCCUAUACCUACACCAACCCCCUUGACUACACUUGGUGUUUCACUUGGUACUUUAGGGGCUAUACCAGCAGCAGCAUUGGAUCCUAACAUUACAGCACUGGGAGAAAUACCACAACCACCAAUUAUGGGAAAUGUGGAUCCAUCCAAAAUUGAUGAAAUCAGGAGAACAGUCUAUGUUGGAAACUUGAAUUCCCAGACUACAACAGCAGAUCAGCUGCUUGAAUUCUUUAAGCAAGUUGGAGAAGUCAAGUUUGUGCGAAUGGCAGGUGAUGAGACGCAACCAACACGAUUUGCUUUUGUGGAAUUUGCAGACCAAAAUUCUGUACCUCGAGCUCUUGCCUUUAAUGGAGUUAUGUUUGGAGACCGGCCACUGAAGAUAAAUCACUCCAAUAAUGCAAUAGUGAAGCCUCCUGAAAUGACACCACAAGCUGCUGCCAAGGAGCUAGAAGAAGUGAUGAAGAGAGUAAGGGAAGCCCAGUCUUUUAUAUCUGCUGCUAUUGAGCCAGAGUCUGGAAAGAGCAGUGAAAGAAAAGGCGGUCGAUCUCGUUCCCAUUCUCGUUCAGAAUCCAGGUCUAGCUCAAAAUCCCGAUCUAGGAGGAAAAGAUCGCACUCAAAACACAGAAGUAGAUCUGGCAACAGGUCUCUCUCAAGACACAAGGACAGACGCAGAUCCCGAAGUCCCCUGAAAAAACGAUCUAGAUCUACAGAAAGACGGAAAUCAAGAAGUCGCUCUCGUUCUCGGGACAAGAAAAGAGACAAGGAAAAGAUCAAGGAAAAAGAAAAGGCCAAAGAAAAAGACAGAGACCGAGACAAAGAGAAGGAUAGGGAUCGAGACAAAGACAGGGAGAGAGAGCGAGAUAAAGAGAGAAAUAGGGAAAAGGACAAAGAGAGAGAUAAAGAGCGAAGCAAAGAUAGAGAGAGAGCCCGAGACAAAGAUAGGGACAAGGAUAAAGAUAGGGACCGGGAAAAGGAAAAAGAUAAAGACAAGGAAAAAGACAAAGAAGAGGUAGAUCAGAACAAAGAAAAAGAAGAUGCUGAGAAAGAAGGAGAGAAGGACAGAGAGAAGAUUAAGGACAAGGAGGGAGAUAAAGACAAAGGAGGGGACAAAGAAAAGGACAGAGACAAAGAGAAGGAAAAAGAUGGGGAUAAGGAGAAGGAGCGAGAAAAAGAGAGAGAUGAUAAAAAGAAGAAAGAUAAGAGAUCCAGAACACCCCCAAGAAGCUAUAGCUCUUCAAGAAGAUCUCGUAGCUCCAGCAGAGAAAGGCGUAAAAGGAAGAGCAGAAGUCCCUCCAAAUCUCCUAAAACAUCAAAAACAGCAAAAAGAAAGUCUUCACGAAGUCCUUCUCCAAGAAGAAACAAGAAAGAAAAGAAAAGAGAAAGAGAUACAAAUAAUGAAAGAAGAGAAAGAGAACGCUCCACUUCCAAGAAAAAAAGUAGUAAAGAAAAAGAGGGAAAGGAGAAAUCUGACAAAAGCACCACUGCUUUUAAGGACAAAGAUAACAAUAAAGAAGACCAGAAUUUGGAAACUGACAAGGAAGUAGAAAAUAGAGAUACACAAAGGACAGAUGAAGUCAAGCUACAGCAGAACGGGAACUGUCAACCAGAUGAAGAAAACCUCUCAAUUAAAAUGGAAGAGGUUUAAUGCAAAGAAUGGACUUCUAAUUCAACUAAGGAAUGAAAUCCAAAGCAUUUUAUUUCCCAGAAUGAGGAAGAAAAUGUCAAAGCAAUCAACCUGAAUGUGUUGAUAGUACUAGUAGCUCCUCCAAUUCUUGUGAUAGCUUUGUUGUCUUCUUGCUGUAAAGCAAGAGAGCACAGACCAGUAGCUAAUACCAUGAAAAGGCAGAUGCCAUCAGAACUAUUCAUCUCUGAAAAUCCAUGCAUUUCCAUGAUGGCUGUACUUGUAAAAUGAUUUAUGUUAAGUUUUACUAUAAGCUGUUACAAAUAACUAGGAACUGAAAGAUGUAAACCUGUACUUCCCCAAAAAAGCUGAAGAUAUGCAUUGAAGGGUGUUUAAAAUAUUGCUUGUUGAUGCCUUUUCUAUUGUUUUGCCCUGUAGGUUAAAAAAAUCCACAAAAACUUUAAUGUGUGCUGUUUGAUGUGCUUGAAAAUGGUGCAUAAAUAUACACACUUUCUUUCCUUGUAAAUGACAACUGUAGGGAAAGGGGGUUUAAGCAUAAACACGGUUUUACUAUUCUUAUGUUAAAUACUCACAGAUUAAUGUUUUUCAUUUGCUCACUGCUUGAGAUUCUUAGGGUUUCUUAUUUAAAAUAAUUUCUUACUAAUACCCCUGAAAUUAAUAUUUCUUUUAAGGUAUUUGAACGGUGCAUGCGCUUUUUCUGUUCCUAAAAGGAAUGUUGUCAUGUUGUAGAUGUUAGGUUAGCUUACAGGGUUAUUUUGGAGUUGUUUUGUUUUGUUGUUUUCUUUGUCCUUAGAGAAGUGAGCACAUCUAUAUGACAAUACCAGAACUUACAGCUUUGUUUUGCAAUGUACUGCAGUGUGUCUGUUCAGCUAAAAAUAGUACAGGUGCCAUUAAGAAAAUAAUUUUUUCCUUUUGGUUAAAAAAAUACGGGAGCACAAGCAGAAGCUUUAGUGCCUUCUUAAAAUGUGGUAUUUUCUAGAAAUGUAUAUGUGCUGUUACACAUUUUCAGCUAAAUCUUACAUGAUCUCUCUUGCUACUUUGCCACCACCAUACUGUAGACAAAAAUGCAAGUGACUUGCCAGAAUGGUUGUUUGAUUCACUUGUUAAAAUACUGAAGCUCCAUUUUACGUUUAUUUUUUAUUCUUAGAAGAGAUUUUUGAAUAAGAGAAAAGAUUUCAUUUGGGGACCACCACUGUACAAAGUAAUAGCUGAAUACAAAGUGUGCUCUGAUCACCUGCAUCAAAGAAAGCCCUUAAAACAUUUAAUAUACAUUUGGAUGGCCUUAAUCGUUACCUCUCUGUUAUUUUCUCUGAUACCUGUUGGGGGAUAUAAAAGGAAUGGCAUGCACAGAAAUGGGGGAUAAAUAAUUUGAGGAAGAAGGUUCUAAUUUACACAGGGCUUACAUAGUAGAGAUUCUUUUAUCAUUUCUUGUGGAGAAAGCGUACAAGAAGGGAGUGACGAAACAAGUGUUUUUGUCAUGGCAAAACAUGGCUUUUGUUUUCUGGAGUAAUUUAAUUGGUUACAUGAGAUUUCUGAUAAGUUACACUUCUAAGACAUAAUUAUACCUAAAAUCGCGUAGAUUAUUUUUAUUACUACUAUUUUAAUGCAAUCAAAUUACUUAAUUGCCUUACCUCAUGGGAAGUGUUAUUUCAGUUAAAAUAAAAAACUACAUGUAUUGGCUAUUUGCUUUUUACUUGUUUUACUUUUCUUCUACAUAGUUAAUUUUUUUCAGUGGAAGGGAAGCAUAUUAUAGGGAAUGAAAACUUUGCCCAAUUGCUAAGGUAAUGAAAUCCAAUUUGAUUGUGAAGCUGCUUAAUCACUCCCAUUUUUUUAUAAGAUUUUAUGUUCUUGCCACUGUGUACAUUUAAGACAACAGAAAAUGCUUUACCAUGUAAAGUAUAGAACAGCCAUUUUUGUGAUGUAUAAGCCACAUGCUGUUGGCUGGUAAACAGCUAAUUCUGAUAAAAGAAUAAAAAAAAUCUGUAUGCUUACAGGAAGACUGUGAAAGAUUGUGUCUUGCAACAACAGCUGUCUUAUUUAUGAUGUGUAAGUAGCAUAGAGCAAAGAGAUUGUUUGUAUACUUGUUAUCUUUGGUACCAUUUCACUAAUAAAAUAAGUAUUUUAGAGGGAUGUUUCUGCUGGUACAUACUUAUUAAAGGAAUAUUUUUAGACCACCUGGUCUUAUUCAUAGAGCUUCUUUCAUUUGAAAUGUAGAAAUUAGUGAAAACAUACAUGUAUUAUUUAUGUUUUCAUUGAAAAGCUAAAUUUCUCUAUUGGGAAGAACUAGAAUUCCUUCAGCGUAUCCUGUUUUAGCUGGUAGUAGUUUGGUUUCUUGGGUUUUGUUGCCCUGAAAUAGUAUAGCUCUAUGACGUAUCAGUUAUAAAAUAUUUAAAGGAUUGCUUACACUUAGCCGAGAAACAUGCAUUUGGAAGUUAAUAGUUACGGAUGGCAGCCUUAAUUUACUAGCUAGCUUAUCACAUGUGUGGAGCUGUAUACAGCAUGUUGUUAUAUUGUAUGUUUAUUGUGGUUCCCUUACAAAAAGUAUCUUGGGGGUUUUUAGGGUUUAUGUUAAGGAAAAAGCAGCAACCAGCCACCAAAUAUACAGAUUUCCUCCCCUCCUCAAGUCAUACUUUCUUGCAAAUACUGUAUUUUCUGGUUUUGUUUUGUAAAUACUGUGUGGAUCUGUGAGGUAGUUAGCAAUCUGUCUUACCAGGUGUUCCUAAAAAGCCACUUCUGGAGAACUAUUAAUCAAUAAAAAUGCUUAUUUCUGCAGAGAGUAGCGCACUUAUGAACUGGUAGCAUGGCACAGUAAUGAAGUUCCAGCCUGCUCCUACAGGAUUGAGUGAAUCAUCCACUGAAUGUGUCCAUCUUCCAUGACAAGUCCAUUGCCUUCAUCAUUAGCAAGCUUAUGUGCUGUGCUACUGCGUCAGACCAUUUGGUUUUGCACUUUGUAAAUGGUAGAGGUUUUGAGAAGUGUGGUUUAUGAUAGCUGUAUUGUUUUACAUGUAGUUUCAUCUGAAUCAGCCCUUACUUGAAAGUGUAAAUUACUCGGAAGAGUUUUAUAUGUUGCCAUUUUGCUAAGAUCGCAUAAAGCACAUAAACAUAACUUUCCAUUAGUGCCCAUAGCUAUUUUCUCAAGAGGGUUCUGGAUAACAGACAGGAUUUUUCUUUGCAUUCUGAAAGAAGGUAGCAGAAGAGAACUGCUUGAUGGAUCAAGCAGGAUGUCAAACUCAAAAUAGAGGUGUCUGUGGCUUAUAUGAUUGCAUCAGAGUCAAUGGAUUCACACAGGUGUGAGGCAUGGAAUUUUAUUUGCAAACACCAACAGUAGUAUAUUAUGUAAAGAGUUCUUAGUUUUCAUAUGUUGGAAUUGGAACUAGGGGUUAUAAAAGCACUUGCUUAGAAACUAGAAAUAUAUGAAAAAUGCUUGGGAAAUGAUUGAGAUGUGGGUUUUGCCUAUUCAGUAAUCACCUGCUAAUUUUUUUGAUGGCAGUUUCACAUAGAUAGAUAUGUCUGAACUAGCUUUAUAUUAGUGGGCUGACAGCAGCCUAUACACAGCUUGGAUUUUGAAAUGAGCUGUGGACACUCCAGUGCCAUUUACACUUGUGGAAUGAAGUUAAAUUUGUAGUUUGUAGUGUGCUUUACAUUGCUUGAUAGUGUUCUCUGGCCCUGUUACACGUUAGGCAAUACCUGAAAUUACUUUGAAACUCUUCAGAUCUGUUACAUAGUAGUUUCUCUCUUUUGCCUUUAGCUUGUACUGCUAUCUGUAAUAGAUUAGGGAAGCAGUGAUUUUUUUUUUUUUUUUUUAUUUUUUUUUUUGUCUAAGAAGAAGCUUGCUCUGCAUGUUAUAAAUUAGCGUAUACUUAUUGCCAGUCCUUAUUUAGUUAUUUUUCAUUUAUGAGUAUGACCCUUGCAAACAGUAAUGCCAUAAUGGUAUGUGUGUUGUCUACUUCUAGGUCUGAAGCAUCUCUGCAUUGCUUUUGUAGUGAAACAAGAUCAGAGCUCAUGUAUUGUUAGAGAAAAAAAAAUCCAGACAAAAUAAUCUUGAGUUUUAUAAAUGUUAGUGUGAUAAUAGCAUUAUAGUGGUAAAAAUAAUCAGAGAUGUGAAUUCUGAAUCAUUAUCUGGGGCAUAUGCUACUUGGUACUUUCCAUUAUAUAGCAAUCAAAUAUCAUAUUUGAUGUUAUCAUAAUUUUGAAAGUAAAAAUUUGAUGUAGUGGCAUAAACACUGAAAUCUGUAAAUGGCUAAAAUCAUGUCAAUGUGUAGACACUUAGUUCAGAGAGAUGUAGUUUUCUCACCAGAGGCUGGAGUAUGGAGAAUUGAAUACAUGUAGAUAUCAUUAGGUGUUAGUGCCUAAAGAGAAUCUGAAAUUUAAUUUUGUUUGCUAAUACAUAAACAGGCGUUUUCAGCUUGUAGUUUAGCUUAUUUUUAUAUGUUGAAAAGUGUAAUUAAAAUUAUAUUGAAAACUAAAAGCACCAUACAAAAGGAUUUUGUUUUUAAUAUAAGAGAACCACACUUUCAUCUGUUUAAUUUUAGAUUUAAAACAUGUCAUGGCAUGCAGUGUUUAUUUUUUAAUUCAGGACUGCCUCAUCUUUAGCUAGGUCCUACUGCAAGAUAUGAACAUGUUAGCACAAGGGUUUCUUUUGUAUUCUCUUCAAUGUAAUACAGCUUAAUAAACUUCUCAAUAUGUGGAUGCAGCUACUUUCCCUCUGGUUUGAGGAGAUACAGCCGUUAAUACUUUAAUUAUGUUUUGUUCAAAUAAAGAAAACAUACUACAGUUGAGAGGCUAUCUACCAACUUCAGCUUUUAUUUCCUGAAUAUGUGAACCCUUACUAUCUAAGAGGACAUUUCUUUUUUUUUAUUGUCAUGACAAGUCAGUUUUAAGAUUGUUGAGCGUUAUACAGGAGAACAUGGAUAGCAAAAAUUAGUUUUUAGCUCUUUGUACUAUUCUGGAAAGUUUCAGCUUACACUUUGUUUUUUAAUUUGUUACAUUUUAUUAUGUUCAUCUAGUGCUAAAUUUGAUGUGAGAUCAGAAAGGGUAUUCUAUACUAGUUGUUAAUGAAAUUAUUCUUUUUCCAUUGAAAAGGCUAUAUGCGUCUUUUUUGGCCUGAAAAGCUUAUCAGCAGUGGUAAAAGCAUAAUUUAAUCUCCCUUUCAUGCAGUUAUUGAUAACCUUAAUGAGGCUGCCUGUUAACUGGCUUUCUUAGAAGUCGUUGCUCUGUUCUUUCUUUAGUGCAAAUAUUUAGCUCCUGCACUGAUUAGUAAAUCAUGGGCCGCUUAAUAAUUGCUACUAGAAAAGGCACCAUUUGCAUAACAAUCAAAGGAAUUACUGAUUUGGCCCAGAAAGAUCAAGAGAGGAAUUUAACAUUCAUAGAUUAUAUAGCCUAUCAUUGGGUCCUUCAUGGUAUUUUCCCGACUGAUAUGGGAGCUGUAUCUUAAUUUGUUACAUAUAAAUCGCACCCAUCACGGUCUGGAUUCAGGUAUAUCUGAGGAAACUAAGCACCACAGCAGCAAAAACACUAUUUUCGUUCUCUAAGUUCGAUAUUUCUAUUAAUAAUGUAGGUAUUCUAAGUUAAAUUAUCAGGUAACCAAACUUGUGCUAUGUUGGUAGAGUAUAUUUUUGCAUUAAUGAAACAACUAUGGAAAUGAUACACAUAAAGAAAUGUUAAAUGCUAUUACAUUGUUGUUUUUUUCAUAAAUAAACCAUGUCCCAAAGUUC